GACUUUUCACAUACUCUUCUCAUCACUCCACCUUCCUCUCCUCAACACAAUGGGUCGAAAACCCAAACGUUCCAAGAUCAAUGUCAUGCUUCGCUCUCACUCGUCUGAAAAGGCACUUCCUUAUGGGAAGUUUGCAGAAGGUUCUAGUGAAAACAUAAAUCAAACAAAGGAAUUAAAUUCUCAACCUAUGAGUUCCCCGUCAAUGCAAAUGAAUCAAUCCGUGGCCGAUGUGGAGGCAAAUCUUGUGAGAACAGCACCACAUGGACAAGUCAACCAGGUAGGUAAACAUCGAAAGAAGUAUGCUACAGUCUCAAGAAAAAUGUUAAAGUGUGGUGCUUCUGUGAGGCGGUCAGAACGCAUUAAAAGCGGAGUUGCUAACUCUCCCAACCCGAAGCAAGGUGCUGAAUGCAUUGUAGAUGUAACUGUUAGUGACAGUGAGGUAGAUGAACUAGAAACUCAAGCUGAGCAAGUGUUACCACGGCCAAAGCCAACAGAUACUCAAAUUGAGCUACUGCAAGUAUUGCCACCACAGAAUACUCAAGUUGAACGUGUUUUACCGCAGCCAAAUGCUCAAACUGAACAAGCAUUGCCAGAGUCUCAGCCUGAUUUAAGUGAAAAAGGCUUGGAUGAAAAAGUUGAAUAUGCCUUACAGGAAAUAAAAGCUUUGCAUAAGAUCAUAGAGUUGUUGAAAUCCAAGGUCGAUGGAAAUGUUAACUCAUGUGAAGCCCCGUCAACAGCAUCUUUCAGUUACCGGACCAUGUACAUUGAUUCACAAAAGAAGAUUGAAGCUUUAUCAAAAGAAAAUCAACAACUAAAAGAAGAACUGGAAAAUGCUCUAGGAAAAGUUGAAAUGUGUGAGAAGGAGAAUGGUGUUUUAAGUGAACUAUUGAACAAAAUGAAGGAUACAGUUAAUCAACAGCUUUCAAAUGUGGCAAAAACCACUGAAGCCGCAGUUUUUGCAUCAACUCAAGAGAUCGACAAUGCAUAUUCAGUUUCUGCAGCUAAAAGAAAGAAAAAUGAAGGCUGAUGAAGGAAAGAAAUCCACAAUGCAUAUUCAGCUCCUGCAGCUAAAAGAAAGAGAAUUGAAGGCUGAUGAAGGAAGAGCUAAUGCUGCAUAAUGUUUUUUUGUAUCAUAUUACAAACUUGACACCUAAUGGUGCUUGAUCUGGACUUUGUGCCUAACUUUUUAAACUUGUUUUUUGUAUGGGUUGUUGUUGCUUUAACACAAUGUUUUGAAAUUG